CCGCGCCGCCGCCGCCGCCCCCGCCGCGCCGCCCCGCACCGCCGACAUCCGCCUCCGAGCCGACGGCAGCGUGGCGCUCCCGGCACCGCCGCCCGAGCUGCCCCUGCUCCUGACACCCGCUGCUGAAGCACAGAUGGUGCAGUCCUUGGGCUUCGCCAUCUACCGGGCGCUGGACUGGGGGCUGGACGAGAACGAGGAGCGGGAGCUGAGCCCGCAGCUGGAGCAGCUCAUCGACCUGAUGACCAACAGCGACUCGGAGGACAGCGGCUGCGGCACGGCCGAUGAGGGCUAUGGGGGGCAGGAGGAGGAGGAGGAGGGUGGCGAGGGGCCGCCGCGGGCCGUGCGCACCUUCGGGCAGGCCAUGCGGUGCUGCGCCGCACGCCUCGCCAACCCCGCCGAAGCCCAGGCUCACUACCAGGCCGUGUGCCGGGCUCUCUUUGCCGAGACCGUGGAGCUCAAAGCUUUCCUGGCCAAGAUCCGCGACGCCAAGGAGAUGCUGCAGAAGCUGAAUGAGGAUGAGGAAGCGGAGGAGAGGCCGUCGGCAGAGCUGGGCAGCCUGCGCAACACAGACUGGGCCCGGCUGUGGGUGCAGCUGAUGCGGGAGCUGCGGCACGGCGUGAAGCUGAAGAAGGUGCAGGAGAAGCAGUUCAACCCGCUGCCCACCGAGUACCAGCUCACCCCCUUCGAGAUGCUCAUGCAGGACAUCCGUGCGCGCAACUACAAGCUCCGCAAGGUCAUGGUGGAUGGCGACAUCCCGCCCCGGGUGAAGAAGGACGCCCACGAGCUCAUCCUGGACUUCAUCCGCUCCCGGCCCCCACUCAAGCAGGCAUCAGAGCGGCGGCUGCGGCCCCUGCCCCAGAAGCAGAGGACACUGCACGAGAAGAUUUUGGAGGAGAUCAAGCAGGAGAGGAAGCUCCGGCCCGUAGAGACGCAGUACCGGGGCCAGAAAGGCUACAGCUCCCUGCCCUGCAUCCCCCACGCCUGCUCCAGCCACCUCACCUCCAGCUCCUGCAUCGACCUCUCCGCACCGGAGGCCGGCACCGCGCCACCGCGCCCACGGCUCCGCGUCCUGCUCAAGGCGCCCACGCUGGCUGAGAUGGAGGAGAUGAACAUCUCCGAGGAGGAGGACUCGCCAGGUGCAGAGCCCGGCUUGGGGCUGCCCAUGAAGCGGGACCGCUCCUUCUCGGAGCAGGACCUGGCCCAGUUCCAGAGCGAGCUCACCGGUGGCCAGGCUGUGCCCGAGGUGCUGGGGCCGCUGGAGCCCGAGCCCCGGCCCCGCUCAGGCUCGGUCCCCGCCAGCUACCACCCGGUGCCGUACGGCUCUGCGCCACCCCGUGCUGCCCUGGGCUCCGUGGAGGAGAGGCCGGAGGACGGCUCCAGCGCUGCCCCCAGCAGCAGCUCCAAGCACCUCUGGCUGGAGUUCAGCCACCCCGUGGAGAGCCUGGCCCUCACGGUGGAGGAGAUGAUCAACGUGCGCAGGGUGCUGGUCAAGGCCGAGAUGGAGAAGUUCCAGCAGAGCAAGGAGCUCUACAACAGCCUGAAGAAGGGGAAGGUCUGCUGCUGCUGCCGCACCAAGUUCCCCCUCUUCUCCUGGCCCUCAGCCUGCCUCUUCUGCAAGCGGUCUGUCUGCACCUCCUGCAGCCUGAAGAUGAAGAUGCCUUCCAAGAAGCUGGCUCACAUCCCCGUCUACGCACUGGGCUUCGAGAGCCUCCCAGGAUCACUGCUGGCCAAAGCCCUGCCGCUGCGCAGGAGGGAAACCUUCCACUCGCUGCCGGGCCCGGGCUGGCGCCGCGUGGAAGAGGAAUUCCCCCACAUCUACGCCCAGGGCUCCGUCCUGCGCGACGUCUGCAGCGACUGCACCGGCUUCGUCACCGACGUCAUCUGCUCCAGCCGCCGCAGCGUGGCCGUCCUCAACGCCGCGCCGCGCCGCGCCGCCCGCUGCGAGUCCUGGUACAAGUGAGGGCCCGGCGCCAGCCCUGCCGGGAUGUACAUAUAUACAUAGACGGAUACACACAGCCUCUAUAUUUAUAUACCUGACGGACCAGGGGGGCGCGGGGCUGGCGGCAGGCCGGCUCCGUGUCUCCCAGCCCAUGUGCCCAGGGGAGCCUCCUGUCCCCGCCGCUGAGGGGACGCUGGCACGGCCCUUUGGGGACGGGGACCCUCGGGGAUGGGGCCCCCCCCGGGGCACCCUCAGCCCCCCCAGCCCCGCUCCGGUGCCAAGGCCUGGUGGGGCUGGGACGCCUUACGGCCCCGCGGCUCUCUGUACAUAGCGGCCCCUGGCUAAUAAACCAUCCCGGGCUGCCCCUCGGGGCCACA